AUGCCGGCAUACCAUUCGUCGUUUAAUGAGGACCCUGAGGCCAGGCAGGUGGGCAACAUGUCCAUCUUGCCUAUCAGGACGAGGAUAAGGGGGCCAGCACCGAUUGGGGAUCCUUCGCAGGCGGAUAUUAUCGACGAAACUCUCGACCUCUUCCGUGCAAACUCGCUGUUCAGGAACUUUGAGAUCAAGGGUCCAGCAGACCGAACCUUGAUCAUCCUCAUCCUUUUCGUGUCGGACUGUCUGGCAAAGAUCGGUAGCGCUCGAACUCCACCGUCGCAGAUUGAAGCUUCCAAGUUAUUGAACACCUUGUCUGUGGACCACUUCCCUAUUCCCGGAGACGCCAACUUCGCUCUCAACUCCCACUACGCACCACCUUCGAGCAGACAGGAAGCUGACUACCUUCGACAAUACCUCACCCAAGUUCGACAGGAACUAUCCGCAAGGCUCGUUGAGAAGCUGUAUGCAGAUGGUACUGGGAAACCCAGCAAAUGGUGGAUGGCGUUCCAGAAGCGACGCUUCAUGAACCGAAGCUUGGGGACAUGAUCUGUUGAUACACACAUACAAGGGAACAGGUAAUACACAAUAUGUAGCAAGACUACUUCUUUUUACGCCGUUCAUUGGGAUUUUUUC